AUGCCGCCCUCUCCCACAGCAAACGCACCUACGAACAUCGAAGAACUGAAAGAGUUGUUGAAGAAUGAUAACAAAGUCAAAGUUGCAGGAGUCGACGUCGAUGGAGUUUUGAGAGGAAAGAUCAUGUCAAAAGAUAAGUUCUUGAGUUCAGCAAAAGGUGAUGGAUUUAAUUUCUGUUCCGUCAUAUACGGAUGGGACAUGCACGACACAGCAUAUACCAAAGAACUCUUAGUCGCCAAUUGGGAUAAUGGUUAUAGAGAUUUAAUAGCUACUAUUGAUUUGUCCACGUAUAGAAGAUUGAAAUGGGAGAAAAAUAUCCCUUUCUUCUUGUGUAGUUUCACUAUCCCCGAGACGAUGGAAAAAUUACCUGUUGAUCCAAGAGGUUUAUUGGCCAAAGUGUUAGAAGAAGGAACGAGUUCAGGAAUCAAAGCUAUGGCAGGAGCCGAGUUUGAAUACUUCCAAUUCCGAGAAUCAGCUCAAUCAUUGGCCGAUAAGAAAUUCCAUAAUCUCAAUCCUUUAACUCCAGGAAUGCAUGGUUACUCCCUCUUGAGACCUACUUUAAACCAAGAUUACUUCCACGACUUAUAUGAUAUGGCUGUCGAAUUCGGUAUCGAAGUUGAAGGUCAUCACACUGAGACGGGACCAGGAGUGUUCGAAAGUGCUUUAGCAUAUACCGACGCCCUCCGAAUGGCCGAUAACGCUUGUUUGUUUAAGCUGGUGGCUAAAUCAGUAGGAAUGAAAUAUGAUAUCAUGCCUACUUUCAUGGCUAAGCCAUGGGGUGACCUUCCAGGAUGUUCAGGACAUAUUCACGUGUCUUUGCAGGAUUCAAAUGGUAAAAACAUCUUUGCCAUUACUGAAGAAGAAGAAAAGGCUGGUGGAAGGAAAGAAGCUGCAUUUGACGACAUCAAAUAUCUCAGUCAGGAAGGUGAAUGGUUCUUGGCGGGUUUACUAGAGGGAAUGCCAGAUGUCGUACCCAUGUUCUGUCCCACCAUAAACUCUUACAAACGUCUACAAGGUGGUCAAGCAAUGUGGGCUCCCGAUACUGCUUCUUACGGAUAUGAUUCACGUGCUGCGUCAGUCAGGAUCUUGUCUGGUCCUGGUGUAAAAGGGUAUGCUACACGGUUUGAGGUCAGAGUACCUGGAGCAGAUAUGAACCCUUACUACGCUCUAUCUGCGAUUUUCGCUCUCGGUCUGUUAGGUAUCAAGAACAAGACCAAAUUACCUUACGGACCAUUGAACUCUCCCGGAGUAACGAGGGAUACGGUCAAACAUCUCCCAACUUCACUAGAAGGAGCUGUAGAAGCAUUCAUGAAAAAAGAGAGCGUUGCUAGGAAGGUCUUCGGUGAUUUCUUCGUUGAUCAUUAUGGUGGAACUAGACAACAUGAAUUAGAUGUCUGGAAGAAAACAGUAACGGAUUGGGAGGUCGCGCGGUACUUUGAGUUGGUAUAG